CGUCUCUCGAAGACCCUGAACAAUUAUAGAAAAAACGUAAAUAAAUGAUUUUAACGCCACACAAGAUCAUAUGUUUCAUUUAUUAAGUAUUAUCCCUAUGGACAUUGUGGUGAUAAAGUAGCCUACAUUGAACAGAAAGCAAUAUGGCUGACAAAGAUGGUACAAAGAAAGCUCGGCAGUUUGAUUUCAUGUCCAUGUUUGAGGAAGCCAGACAAACAGCUAUUGAGAGAACUACAACCUCAGAUCUGUCCAAAGAUAUUGAUGGAGCAGAUGCUGAAGAGACAGUAGCAAGAAUUAACAAACAAACCAAGGCUCUUGGGUUGAGUGUUGGGAAAGAAGGUGCACAGAAGGCUCGGAAGCAAACAACAGAUCACAGUUCGAGUGGAUCAGACUCGUCAGACUCAGAUGAUGAAAUGAUAGGGCCUCCAGUGCCCAAACCAGCAGCUGCAGCAGCCAGUGAUGAUGAAGAUAUUGGACCACCCCUCCCUCCCGAGAUGAAGAGCUCCGGAUCUAGGGAGGCAACUGGAGCAAGACAGACAGGGGGAGACUCAGAUGAUGAUGAAGGCAGUGGGGAGGAGGAGGAGUCACUGCUGAGUAAAAUACCCUCAAGUCUCAACAUUACCUUAGAACAUGGGAAGAAAACAGUAUCAGCGCUGGCGCUGGACCCUUCUGGUGCUCGUCUGGUGACAGGAGGCAAUGACUAUGACGUUAAACUGUUUGACUUUGCUGGAAUGGACUCAACACUUAAACCCUUCAGGUCACUUAGACCAUGUGAAUGUCACCCAAUCAAACAGCUCCAGUACAGCAGUACAGGUGACAUGAUUCUGGUGGUCGCCGGCAACUCCCAGGCAAAGGUUCUAGACCGUGAUGGCCAUGAAAAGUUUGAGUGUAAGAAAGGGGACCAGUACCUAGCUGACAUGGCACAGACCAAGGGACAUGCUGCAAUGCUGAACUCUGGUUGUUUUAAUCCAAAAGUGAAAGCAGAGUUCAUGACUUGUUCAAAUGAUGGAACUGUGCGACUGUGGGACGUUAAUGACGAGGGUAAGAAGCAGCGUCACGUGAUCAAGCCUCGGUCACAGCAGGGUCGAAGGGUCGUACCAACCACCUGUGCAUACAGUCACGAUGGUCGCUGGGUUGUAGCUGCAUGUCAGGAUGGUUCCCUGCAAUUGUGGGAUCAUAACAGGCCCUUUGUGAAUGUGUCCAUGUUGUUGAGAACGGCGCACAUGAAUGGCAGUGAUACAACCUCUCUGUGCUUCUCCUAUGAUGGCAGGGUGCUUGCUUCAAGGGGAGGUGAUGACACUGUGAAGCUAUGGGACAUUAGAAGCCUGAAAAAACCAUUGGCAGUAAGGGAGAACUUGCCAAACUACUUCCCAAAUACGGAUGUCCUGUUUAGCCCGGAUGACAGACUGGUACUGACAGGGCUGUCAGUGAAGAAGAAUGAAGGCAAGGGCAAGCUACUCUUCAUGGACCGAGAGUCACUGGGCACACUGACUGAAUUGGAGGUUUCUGACAUGAGUGUUGUAAGAUGUAUCUGGCAUCCUAGGCUGAACCAGUUUGUGGUUGGGUGUGGGGAUGGGAAGGCUCAACUCUACUACGACGAACACAAGUCACACAGAGGAGCAAAGUUAUGUGUGGCAAAGAAACCUUCCAAGACAAAACAAAUGGAAAUUGUAGCCCACAGGCAAAUCAUUACACCAUAUGCUCUGCCAAUGUUCCGUCAGCAGCGUGAGUCUAGCACAAAAAAGCAGGAUGAGAGAGCUAGGAAAGACCCGGUGCUAUCUCGCAGGCCAGACCUCCCUGUAUAUGGACCAGGCUCGGGUGGUCGCCUGGCCACGAAGGGUGGCACACUGUCACAGUAUGUUGUGCAAACCCUCGUUAUGCAGAAAGAAGAUCAGUAUGAAGAUAAUCCAAGGGAGGCAAUCCUAAGACAUGCCAAAUUUACGGAGGAAAACCCCCUCUGGGUGGCUCCUGCCUAUAAGAAGACACAACCUCAGCCAAUUUUCCAGGGUGAAGAAGAAAAAGUUGAGGAAACUGAUAUACAGCCUCCUUGGAAGAAACAGAAGAAAACUUGACACACUCAUACAUGGCCAUAUAUGUAUUUUGACAUAUUACUGUAUGGAAAUGUACACAGUCUUACAUACAUGUGCCUCUGAUCAUGGAUCUUUACUGGAUAAAAAAUGCUACAUGUGGAAUGAAAAUUAGUUAAGUGAUAAGUAUGGUAUGGAUGGUGCCAUUUAACACACAAACUUGAUCAGAGACAAUGAAUAAAUCAACUGGAUAGUGUCAUAGACAUUUACCAAAAUCUCAAAGCUUUUAACAUUUUGGAUACUAAACAAAUUUUCCAAGUUUUGUCAAAGAGGUGUAAAGUGCUUGGCUACUUGCCUAGCCAAUUUGUAGAAUAGUUGAUGGUUGAUGGUUAUUUGGAUGAGAAUACAUGUACCUUAACUGCAGGUGUCCAUGUUUAAAUGUUAAGCUAUAAUAGGUGAUUGCAUGAAAUGUUUGAAAUAGUGAAGAUAAGAUAAAAAAUUAAUAUGA